AUGGGCUCUCCUGGCUGGGCAUUCAUCCUGCUGCAGCUCUGGGGCCUGCAGGGAGCUGUGAGCCUGAGUGUGCAGCAGUGGCCCCCGAGGGUGAAGGUGACACAAGGCGGCGAGAUGUCGCUGUUCUGCGGGGUGAAGCAGAGUCAGUCCUGGGAGAGGCUGCGUGUGGAGUGGGUCCGGAACAAUGUCGUUUUUUGCCAGCUGCUCAUCUCCAAUGGCAGCCUCAACCCUGGGGGCUGCAGGUCUCGGGGACAGCUGUCCUGGUGGCCGCCCACAAACCUCAGCCUGCGGCUGGACCACGUGAGCCUUAACGACAGCGGGGACUACGUGUGCCGGGCCACCCUGGAGAUCCCCAAGUUGCAGAAGGCCAAGGGCAAUGGGACCACGGUCCAGGUAGAGGCAGGUGGCCUCCAGCUGAAGGAGACCUCCCGCCCUUCAGGGCUCCUGUUGGCUCUUCUGGUGGCUGGGGGUGUGGUGGCAGCCUUGGUGGUGCUGGGUGCUGUGUUGUGGGGUCUCAGCAGGUGUCGUCGGGAGGACUCGGGGGAGAGCACCUGCCCAGCUGGGGCCACUCCUAAUUCACGGUCGCCUUUUGAUUUGUGUCACCUGCCCCCAGAGAAUUCUUUCUACAGCAAUGUCCUCUUCCGGCCCCGGGAGAGUCCACGCAGGCUUCGGGACCUGCCUAAGGAGAAGGACACAGCCAGGGACCAGAGAGCCCAGGCCAUCUAUCUCGCCACCUUCCCCAAGCCUGCCCCACGCCAGCAGCUUCCUGUCAACAAACCCAGCCCCGGGCCCAGGCCUGGCCACGCCAUCUCUGCCCACUGUGAGUCUCUCGCAAGCCCUAGGAAGUAGGGACAGGCCACAUGCCAAGAGGGAUCCUGGAAGUCGAAAGAGGCUUUGGAGACCCCUGAGAACCCAAAAUGGACCUGGACAAGAGCUAUGUGAGGGCGUCGCUGUUUCUAUAAGGAGAGGGGGCGUCCGACAGCUACAGGCUGAGAUCAAUGACA